AUGGAAAACACCAAUGUUACCAUGAUCAGUGACUUGGCACUUGCAAAAGAUGACUACAUGAUCAAGGUUCGAAUCAUUCGUCUGUGGAAACAGAUUCGUAUAAUUGGAAUGAUAUUGAUGGACGAAAGGGGUGCCAAAAUUGAAUGUAAUGUCGAUAGACCAUUUGCAUCCCUACAAGGAAAGACUUUGGAAGAAUAUGGUGAUUACUACAUUCAAAAACCCACAAUAGGGUUAAAUAAUGGUGCUAUAAAAUAUUAUAGGAAAUGUUUUCCAUUGGAACCUCCAAAAGACAAACAGGAGCAGAAAAUCACACUAAAAAUGGAGGAUUUAGAAGGACAUGAAGUUUUUGUUACUCUAUGGGGACGUUAUGCUGAAGAAAUUAUUUCAUAUGUUUCAAAGCAUCAUGGUGAUUUUGUAAUGAUUAUUCAACUUGCUAAGUUCAAGAAUAUCCGACAGCGUCCAUAUGUAAACAACACGUACUUGGCGACAAAGCUUUUUAUUGAGGACGACAUUGAGGAGAUAAGUGCUUUCAAAAAAAGUUUACAAGCAAGAAAAGACUCUUCGUGUUCUUCGGUCUCACGUGCAUUAGGAUCAUCGAUCAUGUAUUCACUACAUGAUGAUUUUCUUCAAAAGAACGCCUUUUACAAAAUAUCUGCUAUUCACGAAUUGAAUGAGGGAAGUUGUGCGGUAAUUCUUGGAACAAUAAAGAUGUUUGAAGAUAUGCGGAAUUGGUACUAUAAUGCGUGCACAAAAUGCAAGUCAAAGGUUAUUUUAAUGGAUGUUCCAAAUGAGACGGUUUGUUUGUUUGUUUUUCUUAACGUAUGCAGACUGCUGAAAUAA